AUGGGUGUCUACAUAGACCGUUUUGUUAAAUACCCUUUAGGUAUUUUAGAGUAUGUUCCCGUCAGAGUUGGUAAAUUUUUUAUCCGUGUUGAUUUUGUUGUGUUAGACAUGGUUGAGUAUACACAAAUUUCCAUUAUAUUAGGUAGGCCUUUAUUCCAUACUGCAAGAGCCAUAAUUGAUGUUAAAAAUGGAAAACUAACCCUUUCUGUAGGAGACGAUAAUAUCACUUUUAAUUUAGGGAAAGUUUUAAAAGGACCUAUGCUAGAAGAAAUUUGUUGUCUAAUAGAUGUCAUUGAUAUAAUGGAUGAUAUUUGUGAAGAAAGAUUACCACAGGUUCUUGCAAGGGAUCCCUUAGAGGAAGUUCUUUGUGGAGAUUUAUCUGCAGAAGAGCUUGAUACUAAAGAGACCUUGAAGGUAGUGAAAUUAGUCCAUGAAUCAAAACUUGCAGAGGUUAAGAAACCUGAACUAAAACCUCUCCCUUCUCAUUUGAAAUAUGUUUUUCUUGAUGAGCAGGAACUAUACCCUGUGAUCAUUAAUACCACACUUGAUGACCCACAAACUUCCCAACUUCUAGAGGUUCUUCGAACCAACAAAAGGGCAAUUAGGUACAGUAUUAAUAAUCUCAAGGGUAUUAGCCCUGAUUUUUGUAUGCACAUGAUACAUCUAGAGGACAACUACAAGCCAUGUGUUCAACCCCGAAGGAGGUUGAAUCCUAAUAUGCAGGAAGUAGACAAGAAAGAGGUGAUGAAAUUACUUGAUGCAGAGUCAAUAAUGGAAUUCUUUAUGGAUGAUUUUAGUGUGUAUGGGUCUUCAUUUGAUGCAUGCCUAGUAAAUCUCGCUAAAAUGUUGAAAAGAUGUGAAGAAUGCAACUUGGUUCUAAAUUGGGAGAAGUAUAGCUUUAUGGUGACAGAGGGAGUAGUUCUUGGUCAUAUUGUAUCUAAUAAGGGUAUACAAGUAGACAAAGCUAAGAUUUAUGUGAUUGAGCAAUUGCCUCCUCUUGUUAAUGUUAAGGGGGUUAGAAGUUUCUUUGGUCAUGCGGGGUUAAAGCAGACAUUGAUAUCGGCACCCAUCGUAUGUGCACCAGAUUGGACUCUUCCUUUCGAAAUCAUGUGUGAUGCAAGUGAUUUUGCAUUAGGUGUCGUGCUAGGACAGAGAAAGAACAAAGUUUUACAUGCUUUGAAGUACUUAAUAGCCAAGGCAGAAUCAAAGCCUAGGCUACUCCGUUGGGUUCUCUUGCUCCAGGAUUUUGAUGUGGAAAUAAAGGAUAAGAAAGGUGCAGAGAACGUUGUGGCCGAUCACGUGUCACGUAUUAGGUAUGAUGAGGGUAAGGAUUCUCUUCCUAUAGAUGACUCUUUCCCUGAUGACCACUUGUAUGCAGUUGUAAAGCAACACCCCUGGUGUGUUCCCGAAUGGGAAGUUCACAGCAUUCUUACUAGUUACCACACCUUACCUUACGGAGGGCAUCAUGGCCCAACCAAAAUGAGGACUGACAACAUUUCGUGGCGGCAUAAGAUGCCUCAAACUGGAAUUUUGGAAGUUAAAAUCUUUUAUGUUUGGGGUGUGGAUUACAUGGGACCGUUUCUCACCAUUGACUAUGUAUCCAAGUGGGUUGAGGCCAUUGCCACUCCUAACAAUGAUGCAAAGGUGGUCCAUAAACUAUUUAGGAAGACCAUCUUUCCAAGAUUUGGAGCACCUAGAGCUAUAAUCAGUGAUGGAGGAUCUCGCUUUCAUGAGCGGAAGUUAGAUACCCUUCUCAAGAAGUAUUAUAAGGUGGUAGAAAAAUCGAGGAAAGAUUGGAGUGAUAAGUUGGAUGACACCCUUUGGGAAUACAAAACUCCUUUUAAGACCCUAAUAGGUACUACUCCGUAUAGACUUGUGUAUGGAAAAGCAUGUCACCUCCCGGUGGAAUUAGAAUACAAGGCAUAUCGGGCUAUUAAGGAGCUCAAUUUGGAUGCUAAGCUAGCGAGAGAAAAGAGGUUACUUCAACUUAACAUACUUGAUGAGUUUAGGUUGACGGCCUAUGAUAGUGCACGUGUCUACAAGGAGGAGACUAAGAGAUGGCACGACAAGAUGAUCCUUCCGAGAGAGUUCGAAGAGGGUGACAAGGUUUUGUUGUUCAACUCAAGACUUAAACUUUUUCCAGGAAAGUUAAAGUCAAGGUGGUCGGGUCCUUUUACUGUUAAAAGGGCUAAUAAAUUUGGUUUUGUGGAAUUAAUCGAUGAGCAUGGUAAUGAGUUCAAGAUGGGUAGCCGUAACAAUGAUGACAAUAAUUCUUUACCUCCAACAAUGAAAACAAGGCUUAAUUUUCUCAACUUCAACGAUUGGGAAAGCAAACUUAGAACUGUUCUAAGGAACAAAAAUCUUGAAUUUUGUUUAUACUUACCAAUCGAGGGCAGAUUUAGUCCAGGCAUGACUCUUGAGAAGCAUUUGAGAAAUGUUUCAGAUUGUGAGAGAAUUGCGCAUAUGAUGUUGUCUUCUAUUCCAGAAAAUUGGGCUAGAAGAUUCAUGAACUAUGAACCUUAUCUCUUAUUCAAGUGCUUACGUGAUGUUUGCUAUGGAAUUCUGAAUUCCCAUGUUGAUGGAGAAAUGUAUGAAAACGUUAAGGAAAUCAUUAAUAUGGUUCCCAAGAAUGACGACUCCUGGACUGGAAGUAUUAGGUUUGAAACCUACAAGCUCAAUGGCGAGAUAAUUCCUAGAAAAUUCUUGCCAGGCCAGUUAGUACAGAUUCAUGUGGAUACAGUGGUUGAAUUAUUUGACCGCAUGAGUAUGUUAAAGAGACCUUAUGAAGAUCAUCAGGUUCAUGACAUAAUUCUGCAUUCUCUACAUGAUGGUUUUGACCUCGAGAAACUUUGUCAAGAUGAUGAAGAUUCUGCAAUCAAACUAGUUGAUUUACUCAAGAAUCAUGCAGAGGAUUACCUGAAAAGAGAAUAA